GCCGCUCAUGGGCCGCGGGGCACCGGUCAGGGGCCGGGGCGCGCCCAUCAGGGGCCGCGGCGCGCCCGUCAGAGGCCGUGGAGCCUCAGCCAGGGGCGCCAGUCAGGCGGCUGUUGUCAAGUUCAAGACCAAAUCCAAGACUGAAAAGGAGAGGGACGCGCUGGACCUGAUGAAGCCGUGGGUGACGGACGAGCUGCGCGCCGAGAUCAAGAAGAAGCACGAGAUGCACUCCAAGUCGCGCGAAUCCAAGGACGCCAGCGACUUCGAGGCGUUCAAGGAGCAGCGGAACAAGGUGUCGGCCAUGCUGCGCGCCGCCAAGAUGGAGUACAUCGGCCUGCACGACGAGGAUGAUGUUGACAAAAUAUUGGCGGACGCAGUCACUCUGGCCAAAGAAAACGUGACUGCAGCAGAAAAUGCCAAUCAUGCCGAACCAAAAGCCGAAAACGGCGCAGAGGCCACGCCUGUGGCGUCCGAGGACGCAGCCUAACUUCUUCCGCGCAGCGCACUCAUGGUCGAGCGCGCGAGUGCAGAGACCUCCGGCGUCGCCCACGGCUGAUGCUAGUUCGGCCGGCGGCCGCAAGGCGGCAGGCGGCCACCACCCGUUUGACGUUCGAUGUUCAGUGUGAGGCGCGUGAUGGAGGAACCCAUCGCCUGUCCUGACUCUGUCAAUGGUUGUGCUCACCGCGCGAGAACGCCGGCGCGCGAGAACGCUGGCACGCGAGAGCGCUGGCACGCGAGACGGCACCCACGAAGCUGACCUCGUGUCGAUGGGAGCGAGAACAGCCUGAACAGAAAUGUUCGGGCAAGCGUGUCUUUAGUACCAUUUACCCGCACCGACCUCAUCGAGUUUAGUAUGCUCAUCCAUGGUGUUAACGGUACAAACGGAUCACCCUGAUCUGAGAAUCGACUAGCCCCUUUGAUGGAGUGACAAUUUUAUGUUUGUGAACCUUGUUGUCCCAUUGUUUGUAAUGCGCCGUUUAAAAUAAACGGGCGGUCGGACUCUUGCCGUCCGCCACAGCCCUGGCUUCGGCCUCGGCCUGCCCGUGAGCAGCGUUCUCGGCCCGUGCCGUCAGUCUUCCGUCACCGUGCAGCCAAACUGGCGCCGAUCUGUGUCUGUACAUGGCGCAGCGGAGGAAAACAGUCCUUCCUUUGUCAAAGCAUCGGCAGCGGACGGUCAAAGCGGACGUACGUCAGUAAGUUGAGCCGAUCCGGCUCUCCAUCUGUCUGCAGCCCUCCCUCAGCUGCUACGGGCUGGCCCGCCUCUGAGCGCGUGUAACGUAACACCGACUUGUGUCCCUGUUGGCCGCAUCCGGGCCAGUGGUGCCUGAUGGGCCGCCCGAAUGGCCAGAUGUCCAGCCCACCUGGAGGGCCAGACGUGCCACCGCGCCAGGCAGACGCAGUGCAUGACGGAGCAGUCGGGUCGCAGUCGGUGGCCCCGUCGCGGCCCUCCCGCCGGAUGGACGCUCAGAACGUAACACCUCGUGCCGCGCUCGCCCGACCUUCAGUCGCUGGGUGGUGUGGUGUCGCCGCCGGCCGCGGCCCCCACGUCGUCAGUUGCCGAGCUGUGUGGAUGGUCACCACCCGGUGUGCUCUCUGCCGGCUGCCGCGUGCCGUGGACAGGCGGCGGGCGUGCCCUCGGCGGGGGCUCUGCCGAUCUGACCUGACCUGACCUGGCCCUCGACCUUUGGCAGGGCGCGGCGGCGGGAUAGUGUGCCGCCGGACGCGGAUGGAGCCGGAUCUUCGCCCCAGGGAACGGUGCCGCCCGCUACCUGAGGCGCUCACGCGUUGCUGCGUAUCGUGCUUCCGACGGGACCGCUCGACGGACACCGGCAGCUGGGCAUGGUUGCGCGUCGUGCGCCGCUCGUGGCACGCGCCGUCCAGCCCGCCGACCGCCGCGUCGCCGGCGUCUGCCGGCUGGGCAGCUGCCGGUGGGACGGCCACGUGAACAUGGCACGCCGGUGCGGCCGAACGACAUCCGAACCCCGGAAUAACGCCGGACACAGGUCUGAUGGAGCUGUGAGAACAGGGACGGCGAGGCGGCCGAACGCCACGCGAACCCGAGAACGAGGCCAGACACAAGUCUGAUGGAGCCGCGAGAACAGAGACGCCGAGGCGGCCGAACGCCACGCGAACCCGAGAACGAGGCCAGACACAAGUCUGAUGGAGCCGCGAGAACAGAGACGCCGAGGCGGCCGAACGCCACGCGAACCCGAGAACGGGGCCAGACACAAGCCUGAUGGAUCCGCGAGAACAGAGACGCCGAGGCGGCCGAACGCCACGCGAACCCGAGAACGGGGCCAGACAAGCCAGAUGGAUCCGCGAGAACAGAGACGCCGAGGCGGCCGAACGCCACGCGAACCCGAGAAAGAGGCCAGACACAGGUCUGAUGGAGCCGCGAGAACAGAGACGCCGAGGCGGCCGAACGCCGCCUCAGCCCCAGAACCAGGCCGGACACAGGGCUGGUAAAGCUGCGGGAGCAGGGACGCCAGCCGAUGUUGGACUGAAGCUGUGGGAAGGAAUACUGCCAUAUUCGUUGUUUUGUUGACAAGUGGCUAGUCCUAUCACCUCGCUGCUCGGCAUGAUCAGCAGCUUGCUGUGAGCCGUGCCUUUCGGCUGUGUGGUGCAGCUGCCAUACUCUGGUUUCAAAUACAACUUGUUCCGCAGUUA